AUGCUUGCUUCCCGGUUCUCCCGUGCGCUUCCUCGCGCGGUUCCUUCUUUUGCUCGUUCUUCCGCUCGUUCCUCCGCUUACAAACUCCCUGCUACACCAUUCCGAAGAUGGAACUCAACAGAAGGCGGAGAGGAGAAGGUGAAGGGCCAAGUUAUCGGUAUCGAUUUGGGUACCACCAACUCCGCUGUUGCUGUGAUGGAGGGCAAGACCCCAAGAAUCAUUGAAAACGCCGAAGGUGCACGAACAACUCCCUCAGUGGUUGCUUUCACCAAAGAUGGUGAGCGACUUGUCGGUAUUGCCGCUAAACGACAGGCUGUUGUUAACCCUGAGAAUACCCUCUUUGCCACUAAGCGUUUGAUCGGACGCAAAUUCACCGAUCCCGAGUGCCAGCGUGACUUGAAGGAAGUUCCUUACAAGAUCGUUCAACACGCUAACGGCGACGCAUGGGUUGAGGCGCAGGGCCAAAAAUACUCUCCAUCCCAGAUUGGAGGCUUUGUCCUCCAGAAAAUGAAGGAGACUGCUGAAGCCUAUCUUGGCAAACCCGUCAAGAAUGGUGUCGUCACAGUCCCCGCCUACUUCAAUGAUUCUCAACGUCAAGCUACCAAAGAUGCCGGUCAAAUCGCCGGUCUCAACGUUCUCCGUGUUGUCAAUGAGCCUACCGCUGCUGCUCUUGCCUACGGUCUCGAGCGCGAGCAGGAUCGCAUCGUUGCCGUCUACGAUCUUGGUGGUGGUACUUUUGACAUCUCCAUUCUUGAAAUCCAGAAGGGUGUGUUCGAAGUCAAGUCUACCAAUGGUGACACUCAUCUUGGUGGUGAGGACUUCGAUAUCACCCUUGUCCGCAACGUUGUGCAGCAAUUCAAGAAAGAGUCCGGUAUCGAUCUCUCAAACGAUCGCAUGGCUAUCCAGCGUAUUCGUGAGGCCUGUGAGAAGGCUAAGAUCGAACUUUCCUCCGCUCUCCAAACUGAAAUUAACCUUCCUUUCAUCACCGCUGAUUCCUCCGGUGCUAAGCAUAUCAACUCCAAGAUGACUCGUUCUCAGCUCGAGGCACUCGUUGACCCUCUGAUUUCCCGCACUAUCGAGCCCGUGCGCAAGGCUUUGAAGGAUGCCAAUCUCCAGGCUAAGGACAUCCAGGAGGUCAUCCUCGUUGGUGGUAUGACCCGUAUGCCCAAAGUUGGAGAGUCCGUCAAGAGCAUCUUCGGCCGCGAUCCCGCCAAGUCCGUCAACCCAGAUGAGGCUGUUGCCAUUGGUGCUGCUAUUCAAGGUGCUGUCCUCGCUGGUGAGGUCACCGACGUUCUUCUCCUUGACGUUACUCCUCUGUCCCUCGGCAUUGAAACACUUGGUGGUGUGUUCACUCGUCUGAUCAACCGCAACACCACUAUCCCUACCAAGAAGUCCCAGACCUUCUCCACUGCCGCUGAUUUCCAGACUGCCGUCGAGAUCAAGGUUUACCAGGGUGAGCGUGAGCUCGUCCGUGACAACAAACUCCUUGGAAACUUCCAACUUGUUGGAAUCCCACCCGCCCACCGUGGUGUCCCUCAGAUCGAGGUCACCUUCGACAUUGAUGCUGAUUCCAUCGUCCAUGUCCACGCUAAGGACAAGUCCACUGGCAAGGACCAGUCCAUCACCAUCGCCUCCGGCUCCGGUCUCUCUGACGCCGAGAUCCAGAACAUGGUCGACGAUGCCGAGAAGUUCGGUGCCCAGGAUAAGGAACGAAAAGCCGCUAUCGAAGCCGCUAACCGCGCCGACAGCGUCCUGAACGACACUGAGAAGGCCCUCAAGGAAUUCGAGGACAAACUCGACAAGACAGAGGCUGACCAGAUCAAGGAGAAAAUUGCCUCUCUCCGUGAAGUCGUCGCCAAAAGUCAGUCUGGCGAGGGCUCCAUUACCGCUGACGAGUUGAAGGCUAAGGUUGAUGAGCUCCAGAAUGCCAGUCUUACCCUGUUCGACAAGAUGCACAAGGCCCGUUCUGAGGAUGGACAGCAGCAGCAAUCCCAGCAAUCAAAUGAGGGCCAGCAGAGUGGUGAGGGAGAGAAGAAGCCAUGA